AUGAGUAAGGUAAAUAAGGACACAGAUACAACGGUGAAACCAAAGAUGGGCAAUGAGAUCUACGAUGCAUUGCUACUUACAGCAGGAGCAGUUGGAAUUUCGAAGGCGUCAAAGAAGAUACUGAAGGAACCACUGGGUACACCAGAGAAUGCAAAAGGAAUGAUGAAACUAUCAGUAUCAGUCAGUCUUUCAUCUCUACUGAUCUCUUAUCUGAAACAACAUAAGUUCAUUCCAGAUGAUCCAGUCAAAACCUAGGUAGAACUAUACAAUGGCAAGUGCAGUAGCAGGAGGACUCUUUAGUGCAUUCGCAUUUGCAGGAGCUGGGUACUUAUUCAAAAUAUUUGACAAGAAUGGGUACGCUGAGGAAGCAAAAAGACAUAACAUGGCUAUGGAGACCCUCACAGCAGAAAGAGAGAAGUACCUCGAAGGGGUCACUAAUAGGAAAAACAAAAUAGCUCAACUGAAGGCGGAACUAGCUGAAGCAGAUAGGGAUAUAAAGUCAACGAAUCAGUCAUUGGAGCUAGUUAGGAGAAUCAAUGAGUUAACACGUAAGGCUAUACCAAGGAAGCCGCAACUGAGUAAUCAUUACACACCUAGCUCUGAGGUGGAAGAAUAUAUGGCACUAUUUGGUUUACUUGCAGGUGGAGCAAUAGGUGGGGCGGCUUACCUGUUACUCUAG